GCGGUGGAAAGUUCAAGUGUAUUUUAUAUUUUUUUUCCUCUGCAAUGCAAACCUGACAGGCCCAGAAGGCGGGACUUUGUCCCAGAGGCGGGAGCAGAGGGUGAGCUCAGACCGUGGGAGGAGUGAGUGACGUCUUUCUGAAGCUGAGAUCGGAUGCCUGGGGGACACUGCCGUGCUGCGGAGGGAGAUCCGACGGUGGAGGGAAGCCGCCACUUUGACAGCGGACGUGCACAGCUGAUGACAGCAUAAAAUAUUAACACUUUUCAAGGCCCUGGGCCUCGAGUGACCACAGAAAGAUCCUGGAACAGAGGAAAUAAGAAGAGAAAUGUCUUCUGACUUGGACUCCAGUCUCACCAGCAUUGACUGGCUGCCCAAACUGGGAAUCAGCAGCCUGCGCUCGGGGAGAGAGAGAGGAGCGGUAGGAGGAGGGGAGAGGGAGAAAAAGAGGGAGAGAGGGAGGGAGAGGGGGGACUUUGUGCCGUCGGUGCCGAGCCCCUCUCCAUCAAACUGUAAAGGGAAACCCCCCCACAGCUACGCCACCCUCAUAGCCAUGGCGAUAGCAGCCGCACCAGAGAGGAAGCUGAGCUUAAACGACAUCUACACCUGGAUCAGCAACACCUUCCCUUACUACAGCCGAGCAGGCAGAGGAUGGAAGAACUCCAUCAGACACAAUCUGUCCCUGAACAAAUGCUUCAGGAAAGUUCCUCGGCCACAGAGCGACCCCGGCAAGGGCUCCUAUUGGACGAUGGAUGGACCUCCAGAAUCUAUGAGUCCCUCACGGGCGCCAAAGCGCCCCUAUCCUGAGGAAGAAGACGAAGAAGAGUUUCAGCACAUUCCCCCACCUGUGAAGGCGGCGGCGCUGAGAGGACCCUCUCCCCACCACCAGGACCCGCAGUUCAGCGCCUCCCCAGUCGGACCCGUCCAGCCGCCCCCAUCUCCUCCCCCGCGCGAGCAACCGUCGCCCUACAUGUCAGCCCAUGUCUCCGCUCUCCCUGCCUCUCACUUAUCAGUCUCCCAAUCAGCUGAGCUCCCGCCGGCGGCCCCCAUGUCAUCCAUCAAUUCCUUUCCUCCUCCUCCCCACCCGCCUGGCUCCACCUUCCUCGUCCCUGCAGCUUCUGCGGCUCCUCCGCCCGCCGCUGCUGCCAGCCUGUCUGCAGCCGCCGCCUCUUAUUCCAACUCAGCCCUGUCCUUUCCCGCCGGCUCAGACCCUCUACCCGUUUCCACUUUUUCCUGCACUCCCAACUCGACGAACGCGUGCACCGUGUCCGGUCCCAGCUCCUCGUGCCCGCCCGCCGCUCCCCCUCCAGCGGCUUCGGGGCACCACUCCACAGAGCUGCCUCUGCGCUUCUCCUUCGAGGACAUGAACAUACCAGACCUGUACGCUUCCUUCAAGUCCCUCUUCAAGACGAUGCGCGAGAGGGGAGGCUCCAUCUCGGAUGUCUCCCCCCUGCUCCUUCCCGGUAACGAAACUACGCCUCUCCACACUCCAGUAUUGCCGCCGUUCUCCCCUCACGUCACAACUACACCGACUGCACCACCUGCAGCAGCGGUGCAAGCUCCACAACCUGCAGAGUUGGAGCGCGUUCCACAAUUCUCGGUGCCAGCCGAUUGGUUCAGUAGCCCAGAUUCGCUGAAGGAGAGCUUCCGCAUUGCCAGCAAUCUAGACUGGGCAAACAUAGACCUCUCUAGUCACCCAGACCUGCUGGAGAGCAUGAAGCAGGCAGAGCUGUGCGACUGGGCCCUCGACCCCGGGAUCUUCACUUCCCUCUGUGACUCACUGAACCGCUUCUUUUUUCAAAAAGGCAUGAUCAGCCCUGGAAACAGCUCCCCAGUCACACUCCAGCCGUCGCCGCUGACAUCCAACCCGCCUCCCGCUUUCACUCACCCCUCUCCUUUUCCCUACACCACCGCUCUUCCUCCCACCAACGGGACACAGCUGCCCCGGAGGCCCCCGCCCAUGCAGGGACCCGGCCUACAGAGACCGCAUCUGCCAAACCCAUCAAACCCAGCCGCUGGGAUCCAGCCGCAGACCGGGACGCCGCGGCCGCGUCCUCCCCUGAAGAAUCUGCACAGCAACAGUGAGGAGUUCCAGGACGACUUUGACUGGGAUUCUCUCAUCGUUUGAGCCUCGCUUCCUCGUGUGGAGGAAAAAAAAAAACACCAAAUAUUUCAGAGGAAACGUCACUUCCUGUUUCUCUGACAGCUAGUCUGAGAUCAGGCUCUUCACUAAUGACUGAAGCUUAGUGCUUGAUGUUUUAUCUUUUUUAAAUUCCUAGGCUGUAAUAUUCUUUCGAUAGCUUAUGUUUUGUGGGUAAUUGGCGAGAUGUACACUGUUCCCAAAUACAGAAGUCAUGAGGAAAAAAAAAAAAAAAAAA